AUGGCCAAUGGAGAAGCGCCUUCCUCCAACGGCUACAUGCAAGCGGCCGCCGCUCCUCCCGCUCCUCCCGCUCCCCGACCAAAGCUCCCCGCCGCCACCCCCUCCUCAUCGGCUAAAUCGCAGCUUUCUUCCGCGAAGCCGCAACCUGCUUCCGCCAAAGCGCAGCCUCUUUCCGCCAAAGUUCAACCUGCUUCCGCCAAACCGCAGCCUGCAUCGGGCAAGGCGCAAGCUUCCCCUGCCGCCAUCUCAGCCGCCGUUGCCGCCGCUGCCGCCGCUUGUGCCAGUGCCAGCGCCGCUGCAGCUUCGCCGGACGCCGCAAGCGCACCACCCGCGCCGUCCGCCGCCGCAUGCUCUGAGGCGCCUCGAGACUCGCCUUCUGUCGCCGCCUUUUCCGAAGCGCCUCAAAGAUCGCCGUCAGUAGUAGCAGCCGCCGCUGCUGCAACGGCUGCACCGGCGCGGGCGGCGACGCCAUCGCUGCCGCCGCCGCCGCUGGCACUUCCCGCGCCGCCGUCUCCUCUGCCGCUGCACGUUCAGCUUCAGCUGCUGCACUUCCCGUACUUGUCGGAAGCAUGGACGGCUGAGGAGCAACGGCUGCUGGAUCAAGGGCUCGCAAGGUUCCCCGCGGAUCAGUUCCCCGCGGAUCAGUUCCCCCCCGCCCAGCGCUACCUCAAGAUCGCGGCGUUCCCCGCGGAUCAGUUUCCCGCGGAUCAGUUCACCCCCCCCCAGUGCUACCUCAAGAUUGCGGCGUUCCCCGCGGAUCACUUCCCCCCCGCCCAGCGCUACCUCAAGAUCGCGGCGUCUCUGCCAGAGAAGUUUUCACCCCCCCCCCAGCGGUACCUCAAGAUCGCGGCGUCCCUGCCGGAGAAGACUGCCCGGGACGUGGCUCUGCGCUGCAAAUGGCUGCAGAGGAAGGAGGCCCCUCUGGCCAGAGGCGGAGAGCAUCUUUUCAGGCGUGCCUCGUACCUCAUCCCACCCAUGUUCAAAUUUAGUCUCAUCCCUCCCUCGUCCUGUCCCCUCCGUAUCGUCUGCUUGCUCGCCCCUGACAAGGACCAGCAGCAACGAAUGCAGGCAGCAGCAGCAGGGGAACCCGCAGCAGCAGGAGGGGGAGGAGCAGGGGCAGGCGGGGGAGGGGGAACAGGCGGAAGCGCUGCAGGAGGUGGGGCGGCGAGGGCAGGGGGGGCGGGUAUGGUCAAGGUGGAAGCUGCAGGUGCUGGGGAUGGUGCUGGGGCGCAAGGGGCAGGGGGGGGCGCAUCUGGUGCAGGUGUAUCUGGGGCAGCAGCAGCAGGGGGAGGCGGCGGUGAUGGGUGUGCUGCUGCUGACACGCAUACAGACGGUGUUGAUAACAGUGGCAGCUUGCUAUCUGGGGAUCUCGAACAAAACGUGGACCUCAUCUCCCAAGUCAAGGCUGCACUGGCCACGAACAAGCUCACUCCCACACCACUCACUCCCCUCCUCCACACCACUCACUCCCCUCCUCCACACCACUCACUCCCCUCCUCCACACCACUCACUCCCCUCCUCCACACCACUCACUCCCCUCCUCCACACCACUCACUCCCCUCCUCCACACCACUCACUCCCCUCCUCCACACCGCUCACUCCCCUCCUUCACACCACACACCCACCUCCUGA